GCGGCGGCGGGGCGGGUUCCGCUGAAGCGGCUUUGACGGAGCUUCCCUCCGCGUCUCUCCAUCAUGUCCGAGGCGACGGUGGCCGACACGCGGCGCCUGAACUCGAAGCCGCAGGACCUGACGGACGCCUACGGGCCGCCCAGCAACUUCCUGGAGAUCGACAUCUUCAACCCGCAGACCGUGGGCGUCGGGCGGGCCCGCUACACGAGCUACGAGCUCCGCAUGAGAACAAACCUGCCCAUCUUCAAAUUGAAAGAGUCCUGUGUGAGGCGGCGAUAUAGUGACUUUGAAUGGCUGAAGAAUGAGCUGGAGCGGGACAGCAAGAUUGUAGUACCUCCGUUGCCAGGCAAGGCCUUGAAGCGCCAGCUUCCUUUCCGGGGCGACGAAGGCAUCUUUGAGGAGUCCUUCAUAGAAGAAAGAAGACAAGGCUUAGAACAGUUCAUCAACAAAAUCGCUGGACACCCGCUGGCACAGAACGAGCGCUGCUUACAUAUGUUCCUGCAAGACGAAACUAUUGAUAGGAACUACGUCCCAGGGAAGGUCCGCCAGUAGGGGAGCCUGGCAUCUUCCAUUUUUUUCCUCUCUCUCCUCUGCAAAAAUGACAUUUAUUUUUACACUUUCUUCUGAACCAGCUUUUUUUCUCUUUCUGAACUCCCCUACUUCUCCAGUGUUGCCCAUCAUGCCAUCCCAUUCCACCCCAGCCAUGACAAAUUCUGUUGGUUUUUGGUUUCUGCAUGAAAGGUGAGGAUUUAUGAAUAGCUGUACUUAUCGGUGGAUGUGUAAAGCUUGCCAGGAACUUGUGUAAGAAUAUACACUCGGGAUUUGAGCCUUCUGCUUUGGGGUAUGGAGGUAGGGAGUUUUCCUGCCUGGACAUAUGUCCCUGGGGAGAACUUGGCACACAGAGUCUCUGUUGCUCAGAGCUGUUCUUUUUGUCAAUAUUAGUGUCUCUCGGGCCUGAAUGAUUAAAGCCAGUUUCUGCUUUCUAGUCCCAUCUCCCUUCUUUGAAGAUAGUGUUAUGGACCAAAAACCUCUUGUCAGCGAUCAGGCCCUUUGGAAUUCUACUCAGCCAUCAUGCAGGGACCCAGGUGAAGCACAGAAGAGCUUUUACCAACUAUUUCUGGUGGAAGAGAGGAUCCCCAAAAGAGUAGGCAAAAUCUGCACCCCAGCAGAUAUGAGGCUCCCCGUAAUUUUUCAGCAAUCUCUUGUGCAGGCCACUGUGGAUUAUACCAUGCAAAAUUACAGGUUACAGUAGCCUGACUUACAGCAAAAGGCUGUGCAAGCUUUUCAUAUUUGAAAGCACCAAGGAUCUUUGUAGGGCUUCUUCAGCCCGUCAGGAAUCCUUUAGCCAAAUGAAUCUUUUCCCUGGUUUGUGCUGCAGCUGCAGAGGGCAGCCAGUGGAUCCCAGGAAAGCGGCUGCAUCUGCUUUUUUUGGAGAGGGGGAGGUUGUUUCUGAGUUUGGACCCUGCGUGAUCUAAAGUCAUUUUUGCCUUUGAGCUGGAAGUUAUACUAUGCAGUGCUUGGCCUGCUUCUUGUGCAGAAUCUUUCUCUGAGCUCACAACUUGCAAGGUUGUGGUGCAAACUUCUCUGCUGUUUAAUGUGUAAUGAAACAGAUUUUAUAAAAGACUGUGGGUAUUUUGUUGUCCCCUAAGGAGCCUCCUCAGUUGAAUAGGCCUCUGUAAUGCCCAGCAUUCUCUAUGGGUUGCCCCCCCCAGGAGGGGGUAGAAUAUCAGUCCAUAUCCCAAAGGCUUUAAUUAAACUUAUUUCUUUUGCACCUUCCACAGUUUAGGGUGGGCAUUUAAUUUGAGAUAGGGAGUGAAAAGGGAGAGGCUGUAUAAAUUAUUUUCUCAGCAUUCCUCAAGCUUGCCCAUGUUGGUUAAACAAUAUUUGAAGGGCCUCUGGUCUCCCAUUCCAGCUCUGCAUAAAGUCCAGUGGAGGGCAGAGCAGGGCUGGGAAACAGCAGAUAAGAUGAAAUGGCCAGAAAGAGCUUGAGGAGCAAGCAGGCUUCCAGAGCUGCUGCUGCUGCUAGGAUAGAAACAUCCCCAUUUGGAGCAGCCGGCUGCCACCAUACAAAGCUGCAUUAGCUGUGGGUUUUAAAUAUACUUUUAUUUGGUGCACAUGUCUGAAGAUCCAUGGCUGUUGCUGCUGUACAUAUUUGAAUGUGGGGCUUACAACUCAGCCACCUGUGUGUCUUCAGCUGACUGAUGUAACGUCCAAGACUGGUUCACAUUAAAACCGCUGUGAAGCCAAA